AUGGGCGCUGAUGCCAUCAAGUCGGGCAACAAAGCCUACUUCCUGUCCCUCGGAAACGUUGAUAUCGCUUGGAUCUUCUCGAAGCAAGUCAUCCCCAGUCUUUUCGAACCGACACUAACAUCUCCCUACCUGCACAGUCCCUCGCCAUCAUGA